CGUUUUGCUUUGAACGACCGCUUUCUCGUGGAUCUGUUCGCGGUUUUCGGAAACAAAAGCUCCAUGUUGCGAAAUUUGCUCCAAAUUUGUUAUGUUUGAUGUUAUUUAACUGUUUUAAAAUCGGUUCCGCGAGUGAUUCGAACAUUUGAAAAUCGUGCAUCGCAAAGAAUUGCCCGGAGAAAGAAAUUCCGCCUUCGAUAAUUGUGAAUUUUCCCAGAAUUGCUUCUGCUGCUGUUGGACGGCGUCGUUCGUGAAAGUGAUUCUUCAAUUACAAGUUUUUACGUGAAACUUUGCUUCACUAGCUCGCAAAAAUGUCUCUGCGCCAGUUCCGGAAGCCAACGCAUAGUGGCGUCAACGGAUCACUACCGGAAGGAACAGAUGGUGUCAAACUCACGCUAGCAACGGGUCGCAGUCGCAUUCAAGUUAUGGAUGACAGUGAAAGCGAACCGGAAUCGCCCAAUAUUUCGGCCAACAAACUGCUAGUUGCACCUAUUCCUAUUCCGGCGGUUGGGGCCAUUUCGUCGUCUCGGUCCUCCCCGACUCCCCCAGCUGACACCAAUGCGACGUCCAAUAGUUCAACGAAUAGCAACCCGGCACCAGCUCCGGUUUUAACGGUCAAACAGAAAGAGCUUUGUCUGCAGCGUGUGCGGGCAGAGCGUCCCGACGUUGACACCAUGACUGUUCAGGACGUUCUGGUGAAGAAUGGCUGGGACGUAGAAAAAUCUUUGGAGACCCUUAAAGAUAGCUGCUACACUGGAACGAAUAAAAGACGGUUCAUCCCAUCGCCGGCAUCGGCACCCACAGUCCAACAAACUAUUAUCCAGAAAGCAGCUGAACUGAACAAUUUGGCGCAACGUCCGACUAAGAAGCGUCGCCUACAGCCCAUCAAUGAUGGCAGUGACAGUGACGACGAUGAUCGACCCCAAGAGCGCGUUUUUGACAGCGACGACGAUAGCGAUGAGGGCACCAACUAUGGAAUGUCGCGCGAUCGGAAAGAAGUUUUUGAAUUUUUGAACAAAUCUACGGUAAAUGAACUGUCGGCAGUUAAAACAUUGUCCACAAAGAAAAUCGACCUUCUUACAGAAUUAAGACCGUUUGACGGUUGGGAUGAUAUGGUGGACAAAUUGAAAUCUCAUAAAUCUCUGCAGACCGAUAUUUUAAAUUACGCCCAGGAAUACCUUAAUCGUCGGAACAAUCUUGUAACGAUAAUGAACAAAUGCCGAAAAAUGGUACAAAAGCUUGAAUCUGCCAUUGCUGCUGGCGGAGGAUUGGUCGAUCAACCUUCCAACAUUCCAGACGGUUUCAAAUUGGCCGAAUAUCAGAUGGUCGGAUUGAACUGGCUGUCGGUCAUGCAUAGGAACGAUAUGAAUGGAAUAUUGGCAGAUGAGAUGGGUCUGGGCAAAACCAUUCAGGUGAUUGCUUUCCUAGCUUGGCUAAAAGAAAACGAUCUGAUCGAGCAUCCGGAACUGAUCGUGGUUCCAUCCUCUACCCUGGACAAUUGGGAUAAUGAGCUUAAAAAAUGGUGCCCCGAUUUGAUAGUAAUGAAAUACUACGGCAGUCAGGAGGAGCGCCGUGCGAUCCGGAUAGAUUGGGCCAAAAACGGAAUUGACGAUGUGGAUGUGGUUCUUACAACUUAUCACAUGAUGGGCGCCUCUGGAGAAGAGAAAAAGAUGUGGCGUGUUACACCGUUCCAGUAUGUUAUCUUCGACGAGGCUCACAUGUUGAAGAAUAUGACCACCCAGAGGUACGAAAAUUUGCUAAGAAUCCGUGCCGAACGCCGAAUCCUUCUGACCGGAACUCCUCUUCAAAACAAUCUUCUGGAAUUGAUGUCGCUGUUGUGUUUUGUAAUGCCGAAACUUUUCGGUGGCAAGGUGGAAGACGUCAAGGCACUGUUCAAAGCGAAUAAAACCAAAGAAGGAGAGGAUCAAGGUUCGUUCGAAAAGAAACAAAUUGAGAGAGCAAAACAGAUUAUGAAACCUUUCAUUCUGCGGCGUCUUAAGCGAGAUGUUUUGAGUUUCUUGCCACCCAAAACGGAAGAAAUUAUAAAAGUACCAAUGCUGGACUCGCAGAGGGAAAAAUAUAUGUCGAUGGUUCAGGAUUAUUCCAACGCAACCGGAGUGUUCAAAUCCGGCAGCGAAAUCAGUGGAAUGUCGGUUAUGAUGGACAUGCGAAAGUUGGCCAACCAUCCUCUACUUCUAAGGUACUAUUUCUCGGAUGCGGACGUUCGCAAAAUGGCUCGCAAGCUCGCUGGAGAUUCCGAUUACAAGUGUACCAAUCCGGAUGAUAUUUUUUUGGAUAUUGCCUAUUUAUCAGACUUCAAGUUAUAUCAGCUGAAGGAAAAAUACACGAGUUUGUAUGAUCUUCAUCUACCGGAUCAAUUGAUUUUGGCAUCCGGCAAGUUUCGGCAGCUAGACGAGCUGCUGCCUAAGCUCAAGAGUGAAGGCCACCGGGUGCUUAUUUUCAGCCAGUUUGUCAUGAUCCUAGACAUAAUGGAAAAGUACCUGUCAAUUCGGAAACACGAAUACCUGAGAUUGGACGGUCAAACGGUGGUGACUGAUCGACAGGAAAUGAUUGAUCUCUAUACCAACGACAAGAACAUCUUCGUGUUUCUGCUCUCCACUAGGGCUGGUGGAUUGGGUAUUAAUCUCACUGCUGCUGACACCGUUAUUAUACAUGAUAUCGACUUCAAUCCGUACAACGACAAACAAGCUGAGGAUCGGAGCCAUCGAAUGGGUCAAACGAAGCCUGUUACAAUCUACAAACUGGUUUCAGAAGGGUCGAUAGAAGAAGGUAUGCUGGCGAUAGCUCAAGACAAGCUGAAACUGGAGAAAGACGUCACGGAAGAAGGUGUCGACAAAAAGGAAGAACACAAAUGCAUGGUGCGAUUAUUAACGUUGGCACUUGGCAUGGACGAAAACAAGGCUGAGACAAUUCUGGCUAAUGAAUCACCUAAAAAAGCUAAAGAAGAAGACGAAUUUUAAUUUUCCACUUUUGUAAUUCCCUUUUAAUUUUAACAAUUAGGUACUACUUAAUGCGUUUCCGUGAUUAAGGCACAUUCUUGCUGUAUGCAUUUUAUUGUAAUAUGCAAAAUUUCGACAAAAUAUUUAUGCGAAACCUGAACGCGCUCUGCAGCAGUGUUACCUGUAUUAGGCUAGAUGUGCCCGUUUAGUAACUUAUUUUCUAAAUUUUCUGUUCUGUUGACAGAAGGAGAUUAGUGCUUAAUCAUCUCAAGUCUUCUCUUUAUACACCGAUCCAUUUUUUCAGAACCAUUAUCUCUUCCCUGCACGUACGGGCAAAGAUCAUUGUCGAGGCGUAUUCCUAUUAUCCGUAGGCUGUAAAAGUAUCACGAACAAAAUAUUUAAAUAAAAAAAACAAUAAUUGUACCAAUAAACGUAAGCGAUCAGGCAUCUGAUUAUUAUAUUACUAAAAAUGGA